CAAAAAUAAUAUUAUUUGGAUUACUAAGGCAAACACCACAAAAACAACAAGAGAAAACCAGACGUCACACGUGGCAAACCCACGAUUAAGCGACAGGAACACUCGACCUCCACCAACGAUAAAUACCAAACGAAACUCACUCAACUUCAAGUCUUCAGCGUUGAAUCCGACUCAUCACGCAUGGCUAUCGAGGCUUGGUUUAUGGAUGAAAGCAAAGAAGAUCAAAGGCUUCCUCAUCAACGCAACCCCAACGAGCCUGUUUCGUUGGACCACUUGGCGGUGCUGGGAGUGCUGUAUUGGCAUUUGAACCCCAAGGAUUACGAGAAUGAUGAGGAAUUGAAGAAGAUCAGAGAAGCCAGAGGUUACAAUUACAUGGAUUUGCUUGAUUUAUGCCCAGAGAAAGUUGCUAACUAUGAGGAGAAACUGAGGAACUUUUAUACUGAACACAUACAUGCUGAUGAAGAGAUACGCUAUUGCUUGGAAGGCAGUGGAUAUUUUGAUGUUAGGGACAAGGAUGACCGAUGGAUUCGAAUCUGGAUCAAAGCAGGUGAUCUCAUCAUAUUGCCCGCCGGAAUCUACCACAGGUUCACUCUUGACACCAGCAAUUAUGUCAAGUUAAUGAGGUUGUUUGUGGGAGAACCAGUGUGGACAGCAUAUAAUCGGCCGCAGGAGGAUCACCCUGCAAGGAAAGAGUACACUAAAAGUUUGACCGAGAAAGUAGGGGUGCCACUAGCAGCUCAUUAGAGCUUUUGAGCAUCAGCGGUUAUGCAGUUGUGUCUCUGCUUGUGUUGUCUGCGUAUCUUAUAUGAUAUUCAUAGUUUCAUUAUAUUCUCAAAUGCGAAACUUGGUAAAACCUUAAAUAGCUGUAUAUCAAACAUUGAACUCUUAAUACUAAAUUGUUGUACUUCUAGUUAUAAUUUGAAAGCAUAACUACUUAUCGUGACGUAUGACUGUUUGAAAGGGAAAUGCAGGGCAAGGAGGUAAUGCCUGUUAUGAUGCAUCUUAUUUCAUCUUAUCAUGAAAUG